AUGAUCGAUUAUUAUUAUUGUUACACAAAAAAAAAAAGUGAUGUUGGAAGAAAGUGCGAUUUUAAAAAGUCUAAAAGUCAAAUUAUAGGAAGAAUAGAACCUAAUAAAGAAUUAAAAAAUAAAUUUAUAUACAAAGAAAAUAUUUAUUAUAAUGAUGAUAACAUAAAAAAAUAUAGUGAACAAUAUGUAAAUAUUGAAAGUUUAAAAUUAGAGAAUAAAUUUUUUUAUCACAACGAAGGUGGAUGGACAAAAGAUAUAGACAUAAGUGAACAUCAAAACAAAAUAAAAUAUAUAAAGAGAUUGGAAAAAGAUAUAAACUUAAUUAAUAGCUUAAAAAUAUUAAUGAAUGAAACAACAAAAAUAAUAAAUAAAAAUAAUAGCAUCAAUAUCUAUGAAGAGUAUUUUAAAAAUGAUUUACAAAAUGAAGAAGAUUUUAGAAUUAAAUCUAUAUUAAUAAUAAAAGAUAAAAUGAGAAAAUAUCAAAGAUUUAUCACUUCGAUAAAAUGGUCUACUGAUAAUACUCAUAAAUUAGCAAUAUCUUAUUGUGUAAAUGAUUAUCAAAAAAUUCUUAAUAAUUCUCCCAAAAAUUGCUUGUUAUAUGAUUUAAAUCAAAUCAAUAAUCCUUAUCAAACCUUAUAUUCUAAAACUUUUAUAAAAUGUUUGCGUUUUAAUCAUAAAAAUUCUGAUUUGUUAUUAGCAGGAUCUUAUGAAGGAACCAUUAAUUUGUGGGAUUUGAGAAAAAAAAAUACAUUAUGCGACUCUUCUUUAAUAAAUGUAAGUCACAAAAAUAUUGUUCAUGAUGUUAUAUGGUUGCAAACUAAAACAAACAAUCACUGUUUAUCUAUUUCCAAUGAUGGUUUAUGUUUAAUAUGGGAUAUUCGUGAUUUUUCUAAUUACAUUGAAUCCUUUUAUUUAAAAAAAGACCCAACAGACUUCUGUGAGUUAGAAAGCGUCAAUGAUACAGAUAAUUUAAAGAUAUACAAUGGAUUAAAUAACAAAUCUAAUAUAAAUAAUUUAAUUAAUACAAGUAAUUUAAAUAAUAUAGAUAGUACAACUAAUACAAAUAAUGAAAAUAGUUUAAUUAAUACAAGUAAUUUAAAUUAUAGUGCAAAUUGUUUAGAAUGGAAUUUAGAAGCAGGACCAUCCAAAAUAUUAAUAGGAACAGAUGAAGGAUAUAUACUAUCUUUAUCAAAAAGACAAUCUAAAAAUUUAGAACUUCUUCAAAAGUAUGGGGUCUCAAAUGAAAGGCAUCUAUCAGCUAUAACAAGCAUAAAAAGGAUACCCAUCAAUUUAAAGUAUUUUUUAUCAACAGAUAAAUGGGGUUUCAAUAUAUGGUCAGAAGAUAUAAAAUUUCCUAUUAUUUCUAAUUAUUAUAAUGAAUGUGUUAUUAACAAAGGUUUAUGGAUAUAUGAUUCUUCAUUUUUUAUGUUAAUAAGAAAAGAUGGAUAUUUAGAUUUCUGGAAUUUACUUUAUAAUUUUAAUGAGCCUAUUAUUAAGCAUAAAAUAUGCAAUUGUUCUAUAACUGAAAUAGAUGCACAUUCAAAUAAUAAAUUUAUAUCUGUAGGUAAUGAAAAAGGGGAUAUUCAUAUCUUAAAAUUAGGAGAGAGCUUUUGUAAAAAUUCUAGUGAAGAAAAAAAUUCCUUAGAUGAGCUAUUUGAAAGAGAGUCAAAAAGAGAAAAGAAUUUAGAAUAUAUUAGAAAACAGCUUAAUUGUAUUAAAAAAAAAAAAGAUUAUUUGAAUGUUCAAGAUAUACAGAUAAUGGAAGAUAUUAUAAAAGAAACAGAGAAAGAAUACGAAUCAUUGAUUUAG